UUAGAAUCCUGAUUCCACGACCAAAAAAUACACACACACACACACACAAAAAAAAUCCUUGAAUCCCAUAACAGCCACCAGAGGCGGAGGAACUUCCAGGAUAUAAACCGUCGCGCCGUUUCUCGCGUCUCGCCGCCAGUCCGUCUGAGCUGGCUGUUAGGUUUAGGUUUAGGAACUUAGGGUUCCUACUUUCAGUUGAAUAGAAGAAAAUGACGAAGAGUGAGCGAAAGAAACGAAACAACAAGAGUAAAGACGAGCAACGAUUUACUGCGGAUACUGCUAAGCUCAGAAAGUUCAAGGAACCAUCCAAAUCCUCUACUUUUCUGGAUAAAAUGAAAGCAAGAUUGUCAGGUGGUCAUUUCAGGAUGAUUAACGAGAAGCUCUACACUUGCACUGGGAAGGAGGCGCUAAAUUAUUUCCAAGAAGAACCAUCGCUAUUUGACCUGUAUCAUGCAGGAUACAAAAUGCAAAUGUCAAAUUGGCCUCAACAGCCAGUUAAUGUGAUUAUUGAUUGGCUAAAAAAGAAGAGCCCUUCAUUGGUCGUAGCUGAUUUUGGUUGUGGGGAUGCACUCAUUGCUAAAAGCGUGAAGAAUAAAGUCUACUCUCUCGAUCUCGUAUCCAAUGAUCCUAACAUAAUUGCUUGUGACAUGUCAAAUACACCGCUUGAUGACUCAUCUAUUGAUGUUGCUGUCUUCUGUCUUUCUUUGAUGGGAACCAACUACCAAAGUUACAUCAAAGAAGCAAACAGGGUGCUUAAGCCAGGUGGCUGGCUGUUGAUAGCAGAAGUAAAGAGCAGGUUUGAUCCAAACACUGGAGGAGCCAACCCUGAGAAGUUUACGAAUGCUAUUUCUGAGUUAGGUUUCAAGUCUGUAAAAAAGGACUUCUCAAAUAAAAUGUUCAUUCUGUUUUACUUUACAAAAAAGGAUAAGCAAAAUUUUAAAAGGAAAGAAAUUGAAUGGCCUUUGCUUAAACCUUGUUUGUACAAGCGCCGUUGAGACCAAGUUAGCUUGCUUUCUUUUUUAUGUUCCUCAAUUCUCACUUGUUAUAUGCUCAAAAUUUUAACCAUCUUUUUUUUUUUUUUCCCAUAUAUGCCUGUCUUGUUGAUCAUUAAGGCAUUGUUUGUUACAUUGUAUUAGGUCUUAUAUUAAAAUUUCAGGUUUCAUGAUGCUAAA